GCGGCGGUUGCCGGGACACCGCGUCCACCGCGUCCACCGCGUCGGUGCAGCCUCCCCGGGCGGCCUCUGCGCGCCGCUGACCCUGCCUGGGUGGUCGCGGCAGCGGGACGGCGAGCUUGGCCCGUCGGGAUGACUUCCAAAAGGAGAAUCCUGAGCUUUAGUGAGAGGCACCAGAAAUUGGUAGAUGAGAACUACCGCAGGAAAUUGCAUGUUCAAGCCCUGCAAGAAAUCGAGGCUGGGGUCAGAAACCAGGUGGUCAGGAACGAAAAUGAUAACCGCGCCGAGCAGAAGCGCUUCCUCCGGCUGUUGCAGGACGAGCAGUUCGAGUUGGAUAUGGAAGAGGCCAUUCAGAAGGCAGAAGAAAACAAGAGAUUGAGGAAACUCCAGCUUGAACAAGAAGAGAAGUUGGCUUCGGAAUUGGCAAAACUAAAACACGAGAGUCUGAAAGAUGAAAAGAUGAGGCAACAAGUAAGAGAAAACAGUAUUGAGCUCAGAGAACUGGAGAAGAAAUUAAAAGCAGCUUACAUGAAUAAAGAAAGGGCAGCUCAGAUUGCUGAAAGGGAUGCCAUUAAAUAUGAGCAAAUGAAACGUGAUGCUGAAAUAGCCAAAACCAUGAUGGAAGAACAUGAAAGGGUAAUACGGGAGGAGAAUGCUGCAGAAGACAAACGGAAUAAGCUGAAGGCACAGUACUACCUUGACUUAGAGAAACAACUGGAGGAACAGGAAAAAAGGAAGCAGGAAGCUUAUGAGCAGUUGCUGAAAGAGAAACUCAUGAUUGAUGAAAUUGUCAGGAAAAUCUAUGAAGAAGACCAAUUGGAAAGACAACAAAAGUUAGAAAAAAUGAUUACAAUUCAAAAGUAUAUGGAAGAAUUUCAGAAAGAGCAGGCUGUCUGGAGAAAAAAGAAAUGUGAAGAGAUGGAAGAAGAAAACAGAAAAAUCAUGGAGUUUACUAACAUGCAGCAGCGAAGAGAAGCAGACCGAAUGGCAAAAGUUCAAGAAAAUGAGGAAAAAAGGCUACAGCUUCAGAAUGCGCUGUCUCAGAAGCUGCAAGAAAUGCUGCGGCAACGUGAAGAAAUGGACCAAGUGCGACAGGAACUGUGCCAGGAAGAACAAGCUGAGAUAUCGAAGAAGAAACUGAAAGAAGAAGCAGAAGAGAAAUUGAGAAAGCAAAAGGAGAUGAAGCAAGAUUUUGAAGAACAGAUGGCCUUGAAGGAACUGGUUCUCCAGGCUGCAAAGGAGGAAGAGGAGCUCUUCAGGAAAACAAUGCUGGCUAAGCUUGCAGAGGACGACCGGAUAGAACUAAUGAACGCUCAAAAACAAAGGAUGAAGCAACUGGAACACAGAAGGGCUGUGGAAAAACUGAUAGAGGAACGUCGCAACCAGUUCCUUGCAGACAAACAACGAGAACUGGAAGAAUGGCAGUUGCAACAAAAAAGACAAGGAUGCAUUAAUGCAGUCAUUGAAGAAGAAAGGCUAAAACUUCUCAAAGAACAUGCUGCACAUCUGUUAGGAUAUCUUCCUAAGGGAGUAUUUAAAAAAGAAGACGACAUUGAUAUGCUUGGUGAAGAGUUCAGGAAAGCAUAUCAGAAAAGAAACACAACUUGCGAAGAGAAGUGAUGGCAUCCAAUUUGGCAAACCUGGAUUCUUUUGUAUGUAACCACUAGAUGUCAGUGUAACUUGGAUUUUAUAGUUCAGUGGCAUUACAAAUUAUAAUGUGGAUUUUCUAAAUUAUUUCAUAACCUGUAAAAACAAGUAGCAGAAAGUUUUAUUCAAACACAAUCUGAGUACUUGAAUUAUAUAAUACCAUAUAAUAAAGUUCCCUUUUUUUUCAGCUUAUAUUUACUUCUGAUACCUCAAACUGAACUGUUGCCUUCUG